CAAUGUUUGAAUGCCUAUCAACAGUCAUCCAAUCGGUCUGGGUGUCUCAACAUGCAGCUGGAAGUCAUCUUCCUUCCUCACAGGCACCCCAAACCCCAGCCCCCCUCCCCCCUCCUCUCUGCUCAUCAGCCCCAAGCACCUCUGCAGGCCACCACUCACAGCACACAGCACCUCUGCCACAUCGUUUCUCCCACCCGCUACAUCUUGCCCUUCCCUGUCUGAGCUAUCCACAUCCUCUGCCACACUGGGCAGCGCUGGAGCAUCAUUCCCCUCCACCCUGUCCGCAUCCUGCUUGGUGCUGAGGAAGACAUGCAUCGCACUGCAGGGGAUGGCCGUGUGCCAUACGAUCAGCCCACGGUCACGCCGUGCAGCCUGUGGUGUCCCGGCUGUCUUGUUCGGUCCGUCUUGGCGGAUGCAACUGAGUGCAGCUUCGGCCAGGGGUGGGUCGGCCGCCUGCCAACCAUCAGCUGCAUGGUUGGUCGCUGCACAGGGAUCCCCCUCAGACUGCAACAAGGAAACACACAACAAGUUUCCACAGAUGCACGCCUGUAAGUGAGAGGGACCUUGUUCGUACCAGCUCAAGCAACAGCAGAAGCCUGGGGCCCUCCGCAAUGGCGAGCUGGUGUAAGUCAGGUCGCCGUGUGUCGAAGGGACGAAUCGCCGUCGCGAUCUCCUCCUGCAGCAGGCGCGACGACGACUUGCGAAGACAAUCCUGCAGUACACACACAGACCAACAAGUGGUGGAUGUGAGGCCUCUGUUGGUGCCUGCCUCUCUCUCUCGUCUUACCACUAUCUGGACGUGUUCUGCUGGCUUCAGAGAGUCCCCACCUGAUUGAUUGCAGCACGUCAGGGAAGCAAACAGGUGCGUCGACGUGCUGCUGCUGCUGUCUGUCUGUCUGUCUGUCUGUCUGUCCGAGCCCACUGGUGAUGUUUGUGGCCAUGUUCUCGUCAAGAGCGAGCAUCGUCCGCGGCGUGUAAUGCAGCAGCUCCUGCAAGCAGCGAGUGGAUAGCGAAAGGGUAUGCUCGAUGACUCGCCCCGACAAGUAGCGCAGCCGCUCAGUAAGUCUGAGUACCUGUUCCCUUUGUGCGGCGACACGCCCCGACAAGUAGCGCAGCCGCUCCCCCAGAGCCGCCUCCACCCUCACAGCAGCCUGGACAGAUCCAUAACAUUACACAGGUCGGCGGUGCACCAGCAGGCAUGGAAUGUGGGCAUCUGAUUGCUCACGGCGAUGCAUUGGAGGUGGGCGAUACACGGACCACAACAGGCCUGCCUAUCCUCGGUCGGUAAUGGUGGGCUUGGCCGCGCAAGAGCCACAUAAUAGCCCUCCUGCUGGCAGACAUGCACCUGAACACACACACACAGCACGGGGCUGACUAAGACACACACACUCUACUCACUCCCUCUCUCUCUCACACAUACCUCGUAUCCCAAGACGGUCAGUUUUCUGACGGCCCUCUCCACACAAGGCAGCGCAUCCCCGGCUGACCCCUGAGUAGAGAAAGCAGCGAGUUGCGGGAGUCCCUCGCCGAUCUCCUCCGAUAGAUGCACACACGCCGCAAUGACGUUGCCCAGCCGGUCAGCAGACACUGACUGUCCAUCGCCAUUGCUGCUCGCACCAACAGCGUCUUCCCCUGGGGCUGCGGAUGUGUCAUGAUGUUGUGAGAGUGGUGGAUGGCGCCACUGCAGCAGACACCCGCCGCAGUCGGCGAGCAGCAACCACCAUUCAUCAGAAGCAGCACCUCCAUCAGGGCCUUUGCUUUCAGCUGGACAUGGCUGUGGCUCAUCCAUCUCUCUGCAUCAAUCAAUGGAAGGAUGGAUUGAUCUCUUUCGC